AAGUGCGGUCGAGUAUUGGAUGCGGUGGUAACGGUGUGGACAUAGUCUUUUUCCUUGUGAAGUAGGUAAUCCCUACCACUUAGUGGAGUUUUUUUUUUUACAUGUCUGUUUUCUUCAAAAUGAAUGUUAGUGUCACUUUCAUAAGACCUUUUGCCAGGUAUUUGGUGCCACUUACCUUUCCUAAGAAGAGAAAUUUAUAUUCAGCUAUUAUGCAGAGACAUAUGUCUUCCAAAAUACCAGCUGUGUCUUACCCUAAUAAGGAGAGUACAUCCCCUCCUGAACAGCUAGAACUGGAUGGGUGGAAAACUACAAUGAAAUCUAGCGUGCAAGAAGCUGUUUCCACAGUCCCAAGCAGCAAGGAUGAAGAUACAGUAGCUGCCACCAGAGAAUUAAUCGAGAUGUGGAGAUUGCUUGGGAGAAAUGUACCAGAACACAUCACUGAAGAAGAGCUCAAGACUGUCAUGGAAUGUACCUCUAAGUCAGCCCAAAGGAAAUACUUAAAAUAUUUGUAUAUUAAAGAAAAUCUAAAGAGAGCUAAGCUACUCAAAAAGGAAAUGAAAGCAGCAGCAAAGAAAGAAGCACAAAAGGCCAACCUGUUUGAAACCACUGAGGAAAAUAAAGAGCAAAACUUUCUAUUUCUUCGAUUUUGGGACAGGCACAAGAACAUUGCAAUGGGUUGGAAGGGCGCCCAGGCUAUGCAGUUUGGACAACCUCUGGUCUUUGACAUGAGUUACAGUAAUUACAUGAAACCGAAAGAUCUGCAGAAUACUGUUUCCCAACUUCUAGAAAGUGAAGGGUGCAACAGACGAGAUAUUGACCCUUUUCAUAUUUACUUCUGCAAUCUUGAAAUAGGCAGUGCUUACCAUAGAGAGUUAGUUAGAUAUUAUGGAGAAAAAUGGGACAAAUUGCUUAUAACAGCAACAGAAAAGUCUUAUGUAGAUUUAUUUCCAAAGGACAAUAUUAUAUAUUUAACUGCAGAUUCUCCCAAUGUUAUGACUACUUACAAACAUGACAAAAUUUAUAUUGUUGGGUCAUUUGUUGAUAAAAACAUACAGUCAGGCGUCUCUCUAGCCAAAGCAAAGCAGUUAAACCUGGCAACAGAACGCCUUCCAUUAGAUAAGUACUUACAGUGGAGCACUGGCAACAAGAAUCUUACCUUAGAUCAAAUGACGCGGAUUUUGUUGUGUCUGAAAAACACUGGUAAUUGGGAAGAGGCUUUGAAGUUUGUUCCCAGGAGAAAACAUGUUGGUUUCCUAGACAUUUCUAAGCAUUCUGAAGAGCUGCUUAACAGACUGAAGAAGGCAAAGACUUUUAAUUCAUUUCCAAAACGUACUUUAAGUAGACAGACACAGAAAAGUUGGUAUGAAUGAGAAAAUUUGAUAGCUUAAAAGUAAGUGGGGUGAAACUAUAGUUCUAGUUUUUAAUGGAAAUAGCCUAUUAGCAUAUUUCUAAAUGGAGCUCAUUUUCUCUUUGAAAGGUAGCUUUUCCAAACUAAUGUAAGUCUCUGUCCAAUUACUUAAAUCUCUAUAGAACAGAAUUUUGAGAAUGUAUUUUGUUUAUAAUAGUUAAUAAUCAGAAAUCAGCCAUGUUGAUUUAAUGGAAUAAUCUUUACAUGAGGCCAAUAAAACACUGUACCAUUGGUGUGACUUCUGAA